AUGAAGGCAACCGGUGUUUUCCUGCUCUUCUCCCUAUCACUCUGCUGCUACCAAGGGAAAGGUUGCACAAAGAUCUUUGACCCUGUCUGCGGCACAGACAACCUCCUAUAUGACAACGAGUGUAUGUUGUGCUUUCAGAACCUGUGA